AUAAACAAACCAAAUUUUUCCUCCCGCCGGGGCCGCCGCACUCUCACCCUGUCAGCUUGCCAGCAUUGUCGGAUUCCUGCUCCUGUGUUAAGGAAGAGGCCGCGGAGAAGCUUUGAAAGCUAGUUCAAAAAAGAGACGCGGGUAAACGCUGCAACAACCAGAGACUGUCGGUGUUGUCUUCAUUGUCCGAACGGUCAACGCGUGGUGGUCGACUGCUGAACCGAGCACACCUGCCGACCUAAUACCGGCUGUAAUCGCAUGGUUUUCAGCUGUCAGUAACAUUGGGCCGCUGCUUAGACUGCGAAGAGCUCCGGUAGUAUCAGACAUGGUGAAGCUGACAAAGGCCAAGACAUUCCAGGCUUACCUGGACUCCUGCCACCGCCGUUACAGCUGUGUGCACUGCCGCGCCCAUCUGGCCAACCAUGACGAUCUUAUCUCCAAGUCUUUCCAAGGCAGUCAGGGCCGAGCCUACCUCUUCAACUCUGUGGUGAACGUCGGCUGUGGUCCUGCAGAGGAGAGGCUGCUGCUCACAGGACUUCACGCAGUGGCCGACAUCUACUGUGAAAACUGUCACACCACACUGGGCUGGAAAUAUGAACAAGCCUUUGAACUGAGUCAGAAGUACAAGGAGGGGAAGUACAUCAUCGAGCUGUCCCACAUGAUAAAGGACAACGGCUGGGACUGAGAGGGGAAAACUUCAUCUUUCUUCAUGACUUUUUCAAAAGUUGCAUCCCCCUCGACUUAAAAGGGUUCCAGUGUAGCUUCCUCAUCCCGUGUUCAAGCCAUCGCUGUGCCACACUUUCACUUCGUAUGGCUUUGCCAAGAGUAGCAUGUGAUGCCUUAUCUUUUUCUGUUCUUCGUGUUUUUCCAGCGACCACAACAACACAUUUGCUGAUAUCGCUAUCCUAAUUGCUAGUUGUGCUGGGACAUGGACCGAAUGAGUGCAGGGUUUGUGUGUGAAAGACUGGCAGAUGUAGUCACACAGACACGUGUGCGUGUUCGAGUGAUAAAACCCUUAUCAGUGACCACGAAACAGCCUCGCUCUGUGGGGGCGAGGCAAGUGCAAGUCAAAAAAUCCUCUUACACAUCAGAUGCAGGUAUUUGGGUUUUCCCUUUGAGUUUAGACUAUCUGGCCCAAACUGUGUAAAGUAUUUAGGCUUGUUUAACCCAUAGAUCAUUUGCGAGUGAUGCGAGGGUAUGGGAAUGCUUAGAGCAGUGGGAGGGCUUUUUUUUUUUAUCAGUGAAAUUCCUGUUUUUUUAUUUUAUAGUAAGAUCAGUGACACUUGUUCAUCUUGUGCCAAAGGCAAUCAGUGUGUUGAAUUAGUAAUGUUAAAGCCCACAAAAAUCUCUUGAAAGAAUUCUUAAAUCUGGAGUAUGAGUGUCUUCUGAUUGUAGUUGUGUGUGUGUGUGUGUGUGUGUGUGUGUGUGUGUGUGUGUGUGUGUGUGUGUGCGCGUGCGUGCGCGUGCGUGCGUGCGCUGAGAUGCCUUAAGUUGGACGGUGUAUUAGUCGGGUUCACAUCUACAGUUUCCACUGCACAGUUGGGAUAUCUUCACUUUUACUUAAUGAUGAUGAAAUCUACCCUUUGUGUUUGUGUAUAGCCGAAUACUGAGCUGCCCUUACUGAUACAUUUACUCAAUCAUGUUAGAGCAAAGUGUGAUUAGGAUUAUGUAGCAUAUUUAUGGUGAUUUUUAAUGUCUGCUUCUUUCAUUAAAGUGUAUUAUUUUAACCUGAUCUUUCAUUAAAAUACAGUGU